AUGUACGAGUCCACCUCGCUGGAUCUUCACCGGCUGAGCCGACAACGCCUCCACAAACGAUACGAGUCAGACGAGGAAGAUGUAUCGGAGUCGGAUGCCGGUCCGGACUUGGUUCCCUCACUGGUAGGCUCAAACCGAGCUGGAACCAUCGAUUCAGACCUCAGUGCCGAUGAAAACUCGCACACGGAUCCAGAUUCUGACCGGGAGGAGCACCUACUGGCUCCAUUCCCGGUGGCUAAACGGCCCCGACCUGUCUCGAUGGAUACCGUGAAGCGAAGCAGUGAUGCAACCUUUGCGGAGAAUACCCGCGUAUUUGAUCCCGAAGAGCAGAUGGUACUUGAGAUUCCGCUGCCGGAGAGUCCUCCUGAACUAGAUUCGAACCUCUACCUACAGCCAGCUAUCUAUGUCUCACCAAAUACACCACCGACCAACAGAAGGUCUCGCUCUUCGUCACCGUCGUCUAUCUUUUCCGUGGAGAAUGCCGAGAUCCAGGUUGCCAGAAAGAUCAUUAUGAUGGAGCCACCGACUCGUCCGACACUGGUCUUCAUUAACUCCUUAGGAUCACGGUCCAAGGGUUCUCGAGCACGCCCCAGCCAUUCUAGAACACGGGGCAACACUCGAAACAGGGAGUCCCGUAUUUUCGACGGCAAGCUUGAAGGCAGUCUCCAGGUCCCACGUCUGACAGACGUGAAACCUACGUCAUCACCGCGGAUUUCUGAACAUUCGACAGACCGUGAUGGAUCCACCCACACAACCCCAGAUCUAUCAACACUGCAUGAGGACACCCUCGCUGUGCUCCAGAGCACAAGUGCCACCAUAAGUAGCGUCUCGGACAUCCCAGUCCUCCCCUACUUCCCACCAUCCCCUCGCCAACAACCACAAUCAUGUCUCCGCCAGCGACCACGCACAUCCGGCUCCGAGAAACCAUUCACCACUCUGACCGCACGCUCAUCUCGCCGGCCCACAGAAUCAGGUCUCCGGCCACCCGCCCUCCGUAGCAACAGCAACUGCAGCACGCCAUCACCAUCAUUCUCGCCACGCCCCACGUCCCCAUUCCCAGAUGAUCAACGAUAUUUCCCCGACCACAGCGAGCCGCUGUCCAGAGCAUGCAGUCCCGCAUCAACAUGUUCCUUCCCACCCCAACAAUACAUCCACAAUUCCAAGCGUGGACCCAUCGCCCCCUUAACACCCAGCAACCAAAACAUAUUCUCACAUCGCUCCCCAAUGAUGCGCCGCAUGACGAGGAAACACUCCGCAGCCUCAAGCAUUUCUAUCAGUAGCUUACGAUCGGAUAUGGAUACGAGCGCCAUGUACGCAACAACCAGCCAUUCGGCCGUGAAUCUGAACACGAUUACCUAUGAUUCUCGUCCCGUGCGGAAAUCGAGUCAGAGGCGUCAUGCUCGACAUGCUAGCUCGGCGACUAGCGGUGGAAGUGGACGUGGGUUUAUGGGAUUGAAGUUGGGAAAGAGAGCGUUUAAUAAAGUUUAA